CUUCGUUCCUCAGACACUAGUCGCCACAUGCUGAGUCUCAACCCCCGAACCAGCAACAUACUCAGUGUCAAGAUGCUCCAUGCCAUUCUCGAAUCGAUCUUGGGCUCGACAUGAACACGGACGACAACAGUUUUGUCAAGUCAUUCUUCGUGGAAGAGGGCGCCAACCAUGCAUUCAGCCUUACGCAACAUCGGUCCCACACUCGACCGGACAGCCUUUUCAACGACCACGAUCUCUUUUCGGGCUACAAUAUCGACGAUCCACUUGCGGACGUCAAGCAGGAAUCGGGUACCCACGACGGUGGAAUGUUCGAACCACUCGACCACACCCAUGCCCCCCUCACGCCACUGCACAAAGUAGACUUUGCUUCGUUCCCUGUAUUCAACGACUAUGAAUUGCGCGUGCCACAACUCGCGUCGACGCCAACCAGUACGUUUGAGCCUCAGUACGCGAGUUUCUUUCACCAUAAUCAGUACCAUCCCAAUGCCGGCGCCCCUCCCUCCUCGUACUCCAACCACCAUCACCUACACCAAUCACAAUAUGCUCUCCCUCCACACCACCAUCCUGUCCAGAUUCAGCCCACGUCGUUUCAGUACCAGGAUCCCAUGGGGGGCUUGCGUGCAAGCACAACCAUCUCGACAUCCCCUGCCAUCGAAGUGCGCAAAUUCCCCGCGGACCCCGACUUUAGAACGUUCCAGCUGGCGAAUCACGUGCUGCCCCCUUCCCACCAUCGGUCUGUAUCGGACUUUAAACCGCCUCAAUCGAUGCAAAAAGUCCCCCUCCAACGAGCCACGACAGCUCCCAACCACCAAGUUGUCGUUCCAUCCUACAAAUCCAAAGGCAAGCGGUGUACGGAAGGCGCGUGCACCCGACGCGCCCAGUCCAACAACCGAUGCAAAGCCCACGGCGGCGGCGCUCGCUGCCAGCAUCCAGACUGCCCCAAGAGCUCCCAAGGCGGGGGGUUCUGUCGCGCCCACGGCGGGGGCAAAAAGUGCGAGUACGACGGGUGUGUCAAAGGGCAGCAGCGCAAAGGGUUUUGCUACGCGCACGGCGGCAUUCGCAAAUGCAAACAUGCGCAAUGCGACAAGAAGGAUCGAGGCAACGGCUAUUGCAUCGCCCACGGCGGCGGCAAGCGAUGCACAAGCGACGGAUGCAUGAAUGCGGUGCGAAAAGGCCGGUUCUGUAGGGCCCACAUGCCCACAAGUAACGACGACUGACAGCUCGCAUCAAUCAAAAAUAUCCCACACCGUUGGGGUGGAAUAUCAUAUAAGGGCUACUUGCGUUCACGUUCAAGGCCAACUGCAUAGUAAUUGCUUAGUAAUGCACUCAACUGCUAUAGCGAAUUCCGAGACACGGUACACAGCCUCAACUCAACACACAGCCGUGUUCCUACUGUUUGAGUUGAGCAUAUGGCCCAAUAGAGUGACAAGGCAAUGUGUCCCAGCGGGUGUACGUACUUUAUCGUUACGACAGGUCAUUCGAAGUUGACCUCGUUCAGAGUCGGAUCGGACCAGACGACACUGAUUCAAACAGGUCGUUCACUACUCUGUCGAGAGUUUGGGAACGUCUGGCAUUGACUUGCGCUGGAAGACAGAGAAGAGCGCCGAGAGCAGCGUGCGCAGGAUCACAGCCACGCCACAGAGCACGGCGCCGUACACAGCGUACACGUCCAGGAGGAACGUCUUUACGACUGGCUGGGUGUGGUGGGCGGGGAUGAGCGCCGACGCGCCUCGGUCUGCCACGGCCAGCACUACAUUUGCCGCCUCCGAGACCCCGCCCGCACUGGUCAAGAGUCCGCCGAGUCGGGUCGCUGCCUUGGCAAAGCUACAGAACAACCCACCAUGAUGAUGACGACAACCAAACAAUAACUCACCGAUCG